AUGCAACAAUCCCUGGGCGUUUCCGAUCCCUUCGAGCGCGUUCGCCUUGUCAAGAACAUACAGUCUAUGUGGAAUGUCGCAAACCCUACAGACAUCAUUCCGGAGGGUAUGCAAUACCCUGGGCACAUCAUCGCCUGGCCUCUACCCAUCCUCCGAGCCAUAAGCUAUCUAGCCAGUGGUAUGCCGGGCGAUGGGGGACGGCAUCGAUUCGUGGAACUCCUUAACCUCGGCCACAUGACGAGGAUGGCAGACGAGUCGACUGCCAACAAACCGCAGCUACAAUCAUCCGAUCUGGAGUUUGUCCGAGACAGCGUUGGAUUGCCACCGGCGGCUAUGCCAGUAGAGGAGGAAGCCGCCCCAGCCCAGAAUGAUGUUGCAACCCCCCAACCACGUCCACAACGAAUACUUCCAGAAGAUGAAGAUGACCCGGAGACCUUGAUGAAGAAGCAGGACCUGUGGAUCAAGUACUACUGGAACGUCACUGAUAUUAAAGCCCUUGUUCCCCCACACAUGCGGCAGCUAGACAAAUUUGGAAAGCCGACCAAUAGGCCGCUGCACAGCUGCAGCGACCAAAAGAAUCUGACGAAGUUACUUUACCAGCUAGCUCGCAUCACAAAAAGUCGAAAGGAUGUAGCAUGGGCGCAGAUAGAAAACGCGUGGAGGGCAAGACCAGCAGGCCGUGGAGGAGGCAAAGCGUUUGCAGAACCAGACGUCAAAGCCGCUCUUGAUUACUUCCGUGAACUACGUGAAAAGAAAGAAGAAGAAGAAGACUCUUUGAUCGACAGUCGAGGGCAACUACCUAUUGCACCUUCAAACCCCGACGGGACUACCGGAGAGGAGGGCCACGAUGGCGCGACGAACGCCCAGCGGGGAGGUCAGCAUCUCGAUAGAAGGCAACAGAAAAGACAACGACGCGAAGCUCCAGCCACCGAACCCAACACCCAAGACAGUGCCGAUCUCCAAACGCUACUGCCGGGCGUGGAUUUCCCAGAGGCAGAGCUCCCUUUGGCUCGCAGCCGACGCUCAUCGGUCGUGGCAAGACGUGGCAACGAUCGCACAAGUAUCAUAGCGAGCCAGGACGCCACGGUUGACAGGACUACAUUGAACGUAGAAGAAGCGGGUCGAGCAGCGACCUUGCCGCUAAAGAGGAAGAGACGGUAUUCACUAGACGAAGACGAGGCAGACGUUGAUGAGGAAGGUGGCAAGACGGAUGAUGACGAAAAGGAUGAGCUGGAGCCAGAGGAGGUGCAAGAACCACCAGAAAACUAG